GUGUCUCACUUCCAUGGUGACGAAUCCAAACCGGAGAUAAUCGGCGCUCUUUUCAAACCCCUUUACCGCGGAAACAUGUUAACUCAAGAGUUGUUGAUUGUCACACUGACAGAUAACAAAAUAUAAUGCCAGUAAUAAAGUUGUAAUGCAAGUUAUUGGUCCAAGUGAGACAUUUCUGUCGGUGAUGUAGAACCAAGUUGACGUUAGUCAGGCUAGCUGUCAGGAAAGCAGUGUUCUUCCAAGCAAGUGCCACAUCACAGCCAUGAACAGCAGCGCAGAGAGGAAAUUCGUCAAUUUAAGGAAGCGCCUGGAUCAGCUGGGCUACCGCCAGCCACUGGGAAUAGAGUCACUGCCACUAGUGGAGAAACUAUUCAGUGACCUGGUCCACACAACUGAAAGCCUGCGCAAUGCCAAACUGUCAGCAGGGAAAACUGAGAAAGAAAGUCGAAACUUUGAUGCUCUUCUGGAGCCACACAGGGCAGAGAAUGCUCGGAUGGUCAGGGAGAACAAUGAGCUGCACCUCGAACUUCUCAAGCUGAAGGAGGAGAAGGACCGUGUCACCAGAGAGCUCAAGACCCACAUCAGAAAACUGGACCAUGAGACAUCUGACCUGAAGUUUUUAAAUAAUCAGUAUGUGCACAAAGUUCGCUGCUUGGAGAAGGAUAGUAAGGCUAAAGCUGAGCGCAUCCAACAGCUACAGGAGAAGAACAUGCAAGCUGUGGUGCAGACACCAGGUGGAAAGAAGCGCAGCAUCCCUUUCAGACGUCAGAGAAUGCAGAUUGAUGAGCUUAUACCUUCCUCUACAUCAGCGUAUCCUGUGUCGCAGCCUGAUGAUCCGUAUAUAGCUGACCUGCUGCAGCUGGCAGAUAGAAGAAUUCAUGAGUUACAGGAAGACGUCAUAAAGGUCAAACUCGACUUGGAAAAUGCUCAAGAAUAUAUAAAACACUUGAAUACACAGGUGGAGAAGAGGGACAAAGAGAUCGAUCGUCUGAAUCAUGCUCUUCAGGGAGGACGACCUCAUGAUGUAAUUUCCCUCGAGGCACAGAACAUCAACAACGAGAAACUGAUCUCCCAUCUUAACCUUCAGAUUGAAUACCUCCAGGAGACCAACAGGACACUGGAGCAGAAGGUAGAGGGACUGCAGCAGAGGAAGAAGGACGCCUCCACCGAAGUGGCCAAUCUGUCUUUAAAGAACCUGGAACUGUGUGAAGAGCUGACGCACAUAGAUGACCUCGCUAAGCGGCUGGAGAUGGACAAGGAGCGCGUGUUGGAAACUGCUGAUGUGGAACUGCAAGAAACUAAAAAAGAAAUUCAAAGGCAACAGAAAAUCAUCGAAGACUUGGAGGAUAUUAUCACAAAAAUGAGAAGGGAGAGGUCUGAAGGUGACUUUGAAAAAGACCGUCUCAGAGACCAGCUGGUGGAGCUCAAAGAGCAGAAUGAGAAAAUGGAGGGACUGGUGAAUUUCUUGGAGGAGGAGAAAAUCAGGCUGCAGGUCAAAAUAGAGAAAAUGAUGGCAGCUGACAAAGACCUGGUGCUGGAGUUGGAGACCAUGCGAGCUAAACAUGGUGUUUGUGGAAGGGAGCGCUCCCCAUCGCGGCUGGAUGCAUUUGUCAAGAGUCUAGAGGAGGAGAGGGAUUACUAUCGCCAGGAGGCCGAGCGCUACAAAAGAGCCAGAGGGGCUGGUGGCCUGGAUUUAAGCCCUAGUCGUAGUCCAGGCAGGGGCAGGAGUCCUUUGUCCAAAGUAACGAGGGGAGGUGUUGCAGAGACAGAACUGCUUUGUUUAGUAAAGGAAAAAAAUGAGCUUAAGGCUGCUCUGUUGGACUUUGAGAAGCACACGGAGGACAUCCAGAAGGACGUCGAGGCCCUCAGCACUGAAAGAGACCAUUUCAAAACGCUGUUUAACCAAGCUCAAGAGGAGCUAAAGCUGGCCCGUAGCGCCGAUAUGUCAGCGGACCUCUUGAAACUGAAAGAGGAGAUCAAACAGGCAGAAAUCAGAACCCAGCAGAUGAGUGCUGAAAGAGACACACUGAUGGAGAGAUUAAAGGUUGCCCAGACGUCAGCUCUCACAGACAGACAGGGAGAGGAGAGGAGGAUUCUUGACCUGGAGAAUACCAUGAAGAGUUUGGAGCGGGAGAAACUGGACCUGCGCUCACAGGUGUGUCUGCUGAAGGAGAACAGGGAGGCUGUGGAGGAGGAGCUGAAGGUUCGGUCCGCUGCUCUGGUCCAGAAUGCAGAGGAGGUCGCCCAGCAGAGGGCUGAGUCUAAUGCUCUGAGGCUGCUACAGGAGCAGAUGGAGCGGUCACUGUCUGACACCCAACACAGGCUGUCUGUGAAGAUGAAUGAGCUGCGUGCUGCUCAUGAGCAGAUUGAGAAACUGGAGGAGAGAAUAGGGGAGCUGAGUCAGCAGGGCUCCAAACACAAGGAGGAAGUGGCUGUUCUUCACAAGUCCAUCUCUGCCCUAGACAGAGAGAAAGAUGCUCUGCAAGAUGAGGUGGAUCAAAAGACUGAAAAACUGGUUGUUCUCCAGGAGGAGCAAUCUAAAAAGGAAAAAACUCUUGAGGAUGUGAGACUCACAGUCACAAACAUGGACAAGUCACUAGCUCAGCUGCAGGGGGCGUUACAUAGCCGUGAGAGGGAGAUAACCAGCCUGAGGAGGCAGCUGGAUGCCUGUCAGGAGGAGCUGUCUGCACUCAGGAGAGACAAAGAAAUCACAAUUAGAGAAAACAGGAGGCUGCAAGAUGACCUGGCUACAAUGACCAGAGAGAACCAAGCAGUACAUGUGGAGAUGGAGGAGGCUUUGCAUGAGAAGGAUGAGCUGAAGUUGAGGGUCCACUCUUACAUUUCUGAAGUGUCCAGAAUAGAGAAACUGAUGGCAACAAAGGAGCAGGAGAACAGGGACUUGCUGGAUCGUUUCAGGAUGGCCCACUCCGAGGUGGAGGAGCGGGAGCAGAAGUUGCAGCAGGCUGAAGGCCUCAAUAACUCCAUCCGCCUGGAGCUGCUGUCUUCAGACGCAGAGCGCAGACACCUCCGUGAUACUGUCAGCCAUCAGAAGAGAGAAAUCCAGCAGCAUAUGCAGGCCCUGCAGGCUUAUGAGGCCCAAGUAUCAUCGCUGGUUCGUGGGAUGUCCCGACUAGAGGAGGAGCUUCACAAAGCACAGGAGGAGAAGGCCUCUCUCCUCUCGGAUCUGGCAUCCGUCAGAGAGCUCUGUGUCAAACUGGACUCCGGCAAGGAGCUCACUGCACGUCAGCUCACCUCCAGGAGCAUGGAUUUAGAGAGGGUCACAGGAGAGCUGGAGGAUGUUCGGUCAGAGGCAGAGCUACUGAAGAAACAACUGGCCAGUGAGAGGCUGACUGUCCGUAACCUUGAGACACUACUCUCCACCAAUCGCCACAAGGAGUUCCAAACCCACCUGACAGCCAGUGAGAGAGAGUCGGAGCUGAAGGUCCUGCGUGAUAGGCUGGCCUUGGCUGACAGCAAAACUGCGGAGCACGCCAGGGAGGUGUCCCAGCUCCGCGGCAAAGUCUCUCAGCUGCAGACGGAGAUGGACGUUCUGAAAAGACAGUUGACCACUGAACGCUUUGAACGUGAGAGGGCAGUUCAGGAGAUGCGCAGACAGGGUGUGUCGUUCUCGUCCCUGCAGAGUUCGUUGCCCCUCAGCGUCUCCACCAGUCCUCAUCACAUCUCCCCAGAACGCUCCAUCCUCCGAACUCUCAACAGCUCCACUGACAAGUCAGCAGACAGAAGUGUGAGCUUCAAGGAUUAACAAUUAGAGAGACAGACAAAUGAAGGCGUUGAUGAGUGAGUCAGAAACCACUAGCUUGAGUCUGGACAUGAAUUGUGAAGGCCUCCGUAAGCCUUGGCGUUAAUUAGCCUGUAGCAUACCUCAGUGCCAAUUUAUUUGCCAGUCCAGCCUGAGACACUUCCAGCUUUCCUAAUGACUUACAUAACAGGAUGCAAAGCGUCCUCUCUGUCAGUACGUUACACAGUCAUUAAUAAAAUUAGUUAGUGCUUCUGAAAUUAAUUCGGUUCUCAGCAACUAUCACCUCGUCCAUGUAGCAAGAGAAGUAUUUGUUCAGCUCUGUGAUUAUGUGUAUUAUGUUUAAUAUUCAUGUUUUUUAAUGAUGUUUAAAUUAUUAAAUUAUUCACAAAAUAAAGUGAUACAAAAUUACAGAAAUGCAGUGAUUUAAGUCACAAAACUUGCACUUGUGUUUUAUUACAAGGUAAACAGUCGUAAGUUAUGGGAAGGAGAGUCUGUGACAUACAACAAAAAAGACACAAGCAUGAUUUAAAACCCACGACCCUGUGAGUACAUGGUAUGUGUUUUAGCCUGCUAAACCACUGAGUGCCCACUGAAGCCAUUAACCCUUUAUCUUCUCCAAUGUGUAGAGCAAAAUACAAAGUUUGGUCUUGCAACCUUA